AUGGACGCAGGUGACGAAAGUCUCAAAGAGCAUUUUCUCGAAUGUGGGAGAAAUGCCGCCUAUACGAGCGUGCGAAUCCAGAAUGAGGUGAUAGACUCCAUCGGUGUAUUGACAGGGAAAAAGAUCGUAGCUGAAGUGAACGCAUCCAGGUUCUUCUCGGUGCUGGCUGACGAGACAACAGACAUCAGUAAAAUCGAUCAGCUCACGAUACGCUUCCGCUACGUUGCGUUGUUUGAUGGACAACAGGUUCUGCGAGAAAACUUCCUCUCCUUUUCCGCUGUGACAGACGAGACUGGCGCCGGUUUGGCAGCGACAAUCACCCGAGCCCUGCACGAAGAAGGGGUAUUCGUCGCGAACAUGAGAGGCCAAGGGUAUGACGGGUGUAGCUCGAUGAGAGGGAAGUACAAGAGUGUUCAAGCGGAGAUUAAGAAAAUUGUUUCGAAAGCCCUCUAUUUCCACUGCGCCAGCCACUGUCUGAACCUGGCGUUGGCUCAUUCGAUCGACGACACGAGAAUCAGACUGACGGUAGGCACUAUCGCCAGCACCUGCUCUUUAAUGAGCGCUUACCCUUGCCGGGUGAAGUUGCUUCAAGACACGGUCGAAGCCAUGAUGCCGGAGGUCAAAGCACGCCGCUUGAAGCCUCUUUGUGCAACACGUUGGGUGGAGCGCCAUAAAGCGUUCAUCUCAUUCAAAGAACUUCUGAGUCCCACGUCAGAUACUUACAUC